AUGUUUAACAGGUUGCUCCUCGUCGUGAUCGUGAUCGUUAUCUCGAUACUCCUCUUCUCAAUCCUCUUCAUCUAUCUCUACCGCGUCUACAAACGACUGCAGGUACGGCACCUCAAACCCUUGCCAACCGCCAUACCACCAGGUUUGGAACAGCACCAGGAAUUCGCCUUUGUUCUCGCUCAUGGAGUAGAGGCCUACAACGAGCAGCGACGACAGCGGCACCGCCAACAACGGGUCCAGGCACGAGCAACAGCAGCAACAGCAGGGGCAGCAUCCUCUGGAUCGCCUCCCCUCGGCGACACCGCAAGCAUCCACAGCACUCAACCUUCUCUCGUGUCGGAACCCCCUCCAGAAUACUCACCCGAUCCUGUCAACGGCGACGUCGGCUACGGCUGGAGAUCUGUUGAUCAUGCAGCAACCCUCUUUGCCCAACCAGCCUUUACCGGCGAAGUUGAUACCACAGCCCAUCCUACGCUCUCGCCGCUCCAACCAGCAGCAACCUACCCGCUUGACAGCUCGCUUCCACCUGUUUACAUCUAUCAGACGCCGUCAACCCGUUCCACCGCCCAGGCUGCGCUGCUCUCCACUGACAACUCGCCCUCAGUCACCGUACCAGCAGCAGCUUCUUCAGAUGCGCCUGCCACAUCCCGCACAGGACGUCAGGGCAGUCGGAGGCGGAGUGUUAUCAGUGGGAUCCUAACCCGCGGUGCGAGAACCACUCAGAGAUCCAUGUCAAUGGCCUCCUCAAGGACCUCAUCCUCCUCAAGGACCGCUUCCGUACCUGAAAUAGGAGAUGCUAGUCUGGCGAUUACCAUUACCUCUGUCACACCACCACCAGUCGAAUCUGAAUCAGAAAACCGGCCUGCAGGGGAGCCAAUGGACCUCACGCUGCCACCAGACGUUGCCGCACCAUAG